AUGAGGGUCGUGGAGGUUAUCAUAGACGGCUUCAAAUCGUACGCUGUGCGAACGGUCAUAUCGGGAUGGGACGAGAGUUUCAAUUCGAUUACGGGGCUCAACGGGAGUGGGAAGUCGAACAUCCUUGACGCAAUAUGUUUCGUUCUGGGUAUCACGAAUAUGACAACUGUCCGCGCGCAGAAUCUCCAGGAUCUCAUCUACAAGCGCGGACAAGCAGGAGUAACCAAAGCAAGCGUAACGAUCGUCUUCGACAACCGCGACAAGAAGAAGUCUCCCAUAGGAUUCGAAGAAUAUGCACAAAUCAGCGUCACCAGACAAAUCGUGCUGGGAGGGACCAGCAAAUACCUCAUAAACGGACACCGAGCACAACAACAAACAGUCCAAAAUCUUUUUCAAUCAGUGGGACUGAAUAUCAAUAAUCCCAAUUUCCUCAUUAUGCAAGGACGAAUCACCAAAGUGUUGAAUAUGAAGCCCGUGGAAAUCCUGGCUAUGAUCGAGGAAGCUGCUGGGACACGGAUGUUUGAGGAUAGGAGGGAUAAGGCGUUCAAGACGAUGGCGAAAAAGGAGAUGAAGGUCCAGGAAAUUACGGAAUUGCUUCGCGACGAGAUUGAGCCAAAAUUGGAGAAGCUGCGCACGGAGAAACGCGCAUUCUUGGAUUUCCAACAAACACAAAAUGAUCUCGAGAGACUUACCAGAGUGGUGGUUGCACACGAUUAUGUCAAGAAUCAGGAUAAGCUAAAGCAGUCAGCGGGAGACCUCGAAUUGAAGAAACAGAGAGCGAAGGAUUUGGAGGAUAAUGCUGUUCGGUUGAAGAACGAGAUCGAGAAUCUCGCGGAGGAUGUCAAGGGGGUGAAGGCCCAGAGGGAUAAGGAGCUGAAGAAGGGUGGCAAGGCACAAGCUCUCGAGGUGGAGGUCAAGAAGCAUUCCAACGAGCAGGUUCGACUUUCUACGGUUAUGGAUCUCAAGAAGUCGAGUAUGGCCGAGGAAAAGGAGCGAAAAUCGACUAUACAAAAGACUGUCAAGGAACUCGAGACUUUGCUCAAGCAGAAGACGAAAGUUUACGAGAAGAUCCAGGCGCAGUAUGACAACGCAAAGGAAGAUCUGGAAAAGCAGAACCAGGAGGCGGAGACCAAAGAGGAGUUGCUUCAGACAUUACAAACUGGUGUUGCGUCUAAAGAGGGCCAGGAAAGUGGUUAUCAGGGACAACUGCAAGACGCACGAAAUCGAGUAAGCGCAGCUUCGACCGAACAAGAGCAAGCCAAGCUCAAAACAUCCCAUCUUGAAAAGCGAGUCAAGGAAGAAGAACCACGAGCAAAGAAAGCGAAGGAGCAAAACGCAGGUCUUUUGAAAGAUCUUGAAGGUCUUCGAUCACAGGCUCAGAAGCUUGAGAAGGAAUUGGGCAAACUUGGAUUUGAGCCUGGAAUGGAGGAUGAUAUGUACAAGCAAGAAUCCACCCUUCAGCAAACUAUCCGAAGGCUUCGUCAAGAAUCGGAUGGUAUGAAGCGAAAGGUUGCAAACAUCGACUUCAACUACGCCGAUCCAGCACCCAAUUUUGAUCGGUCGAAAGUAAAGGGAUUAGUAGCUCAACUCUUUACUCUGGAUAAAGACCGGACAGACGCUGGUACGGCUCUUGAGAUCUGUGCAGGUGGCCGAUUAUACAAUGUUGUGGUUGAUACUGAAGUUACCGGUACUCAAUUACUUCAAAACGGCAAGCUAAGGAAACGUGUCACUAUCAUUCCUCUCAACAAAAUUGCUGCAUUCAGGGCAUCUGCAGAAAAGAUUGGUGCUGCUCAAAAAAUUGCUCCUGGCAAGGUGGAUCUUGCACUUUCUUUGAUCGGUUAUGAAGAUGAAGUUUCCACCGCUAUGGACUAUGUCUUCGGGAAUACUCUGAUCUGUGCUGAUGCUGCAACUGCCAAACGGGUCACUUUUGACCCUGCUGUACGAAUGAAGAGUAUCACCCUCGAAGGAGACUCAUAUGAUCCAUCCGGAACCCUUUCUGGUGGUAGCUCACCGAAUUCAAGCGGCGUGCUGGUCACUUUACAAAAGCUCAAUGAGUUGACAAAGGAGCUUCGAGUGCAGGAGCAGACUUUGGCCGAACUCCAGGCUACGAUGAUAAGAGAGAAGAAGAAGCUCGACCAGGCAAAAAAAAUAAAGCAAGAGUUAGAUCUCAAGUCGCAUGAGAUCAAACUUACCGAGGAGCAAAUUGGAGGCAACUCAUCUUCUUCCAUCAUCCAGGAAGUCGAAAACAUGAAGGCCUCUAUUGUCCAACUAAAGACGGACCUCGUCGAGGCUAAGAAGCGUCAAGAUGAAGCCAAUAAGGAUGUCAAGCGUAUUGAGAAGGACAUGAAAGACUUCGACAGCAACAAGGAUGGAAAGCUUGUUGAGCUUCAAAAUUCGUUAGAUUCUCUACGAAAGACUCUUACCAAGAACUCGGCGUCAGUGAAGAUCUUGCAGAAGGAGCUUCAGGGAGCUCGCCUGGAUUCAGAACAAGUGGGUGGCGAUCUUGCCGCUGCCCAGGAGCAGCUGCAAGAUGUUGAGGUGACAAUGAAGUCUCAAGCGGAAGAGAUCGCUGGGUUAGUAUCUGAGCAGAAACAAGUGACGGAUCUGCAUGACAUCGCUCAAGCACAUCUCGACGAUGAACGAGCCAAGUUAACAGGCUUUGACGACGAGCUUCGCUCUUUGGAAGAGGCUUCUCGAUCUAAAGCAUCACGCAUUACCGAAGAGGGUCUAGAAAUGCAGAAGCUCGGCCAUCAAAUCGAGAAAUUUCACAAGGAACAACAAGGCGCCGUCCAAAUUAUCGCGAACAUGGAGAAAGAACACGAAUGGAUCGCUGACGAAAAAGACAACUUCGGCCGCACCGGUACACCCUACGACUUCAAAGGUCAAAAUAUCGCCGAAUGCAAAGCCUCUCUACGGAAUUUGACAGAGCGCUUCCAGGGCAUGAAGAAAAAGAUCAAUCCUAAAGUCAUGAACAUGAUUGACAGUGUGGAAAAGAAAGAAGUCUCCCUCAAAAAUAUGAUGAAGACAGUCAUCAGGGACAAGGGGAAGAUCGAAGAGACAAUUGUGAUCUUGGAUGAGUAUAAGAAGAAAGCGCUGCAAGAGACGUGGAAGAAAGUCAAUGGGGAUUUCGGGCAGAUCUUUGCAGAGCUUUUGCCUGGGAGUUAUUGUAAGCUUGAGGCACCGGAAGGAAAGACUAUCAAUGAAGGACUUGAAGUAAAGGUCUGUCUAGGCAAAGUCUGGAAACAAUCCCUCACCGAACUCUCCGGCGGCCAACGCUCCCUCGUCGCCCUCUCCCUCAUCAUGGCGCUCCUCCAAUUCAAACCCGCACCCAUGUACAUCCUCGACGAAGUCGACGCGGCGCUCGAUCUCUCGCACACGCAGAACAUCGGGCGGCUCAUCAAGACGCGAUUCAAGGGCUCUCAAUUCAUCGUGGUUAGUUUGAAAAACGACAUGUUCCAGAACGCGAAUCGUAUUUUCAGGACGCGGUUUGCGGAGGGCACGAGUGUUGUUCAGGCGCUGACUGCGGCGGAUUUCAAUUGA